CGUGGAGCUAACGGAGCUAACCGUCAGAGCGGGCGGACCGGAUCCUGAUCGGUGAGACCUGAACGUGGAUCAGAGAUCUGCGGUCCGAUGAGUUUAAAACCCGCAGCUAGCUGGCGACGACCCGUUUGGACUUCCCUACAGAAUGGACCCGAACACGGCCAGUGGUUCCCCCAGAGAGGAGGGCGAGCUGGAGGACGGAGAGAUCUGCGAUGAUGAAACCGAGGAGAGUGCGCCGCUCCGGCGGGGGGGGGAUGGGAACAGGCCGGGCCGCGGCGCCCCUCCGCGGGCUCGGAAACCCCACCAGCGUCCGCACAACGUGCUGCCGCCGAUGGGCCACCCGCCGCCGGACUUCCGCCGCCUGAUGCCGUACAACCGCGGACCUCACGGCCCGUUCCCCCCGAGUCACCGGCAGCAGUGCGGGCCGAGCGGGCCCGACCGGCCUCCCGCUCCCUCCCCGCCGCCGCCGCUGCUGCUGCCGCCGCCCCCGGGUCUCGGUCCUCACGGCGAGGCGAGCCCGCGGACCAGCUUCUGGGAGCGGAGCCACGGCGCCCUGGGCCGGUUCAGGCACCGGGCCAUGCCGAACGGCGGACGGGGGGGCUGGGGGCGAGGCGGCCGGGGUGGUGGAAACACCAGAGGUCCCUUCGGUCGUUACGGCCCCGGGGAGAGUCACGGCUGCAAGAAGGACUCCCCCUCGAGAAAACAGAAGCCGCUGGGCAGGAACCAGGCGAGGAAGGCGGCUCACGGCGUUUCCAAACCAGAGAACAGUGUUGACGAGUCCUUUGAGGAUUUACUGUCCAAGUAUAAGCAGAUUCAGCUGGAGCUGGAAUGCAUCCGGAAAGAGGAGACGAUGGCCCUGGAGCCCGAAGAGUUCCCCGCCGGAGACCAGACGCCAAACAACGCCGCCAGUGUUACAGAGACCAAACCAGUACCCGAACCAGCUCCGGCGGCGGCAGCAGAGGACACAUCCGAGCUGGAGGCGGCGGAGAAGAAAGUGUUCCAGGCGUUCAACAUCAAACCCCUCCGUCAGAAGCUCCCCCUCCCCGCCAGUCUGGAUGAGCUGAAGAGGAAAAAGGCGGAGCAGGAGAAGGCAGGAGGUGCUGAACCACAGGGUGAAGCAGCAGCAGCAACAGAAGAAGAAGGAGCGGAAACAGGAGAAAAGGCUGACGAGGAGUCGGAGGAGACGAAGAAGACGACGUGUCCGAGCUGCUGCGAGGAAACGGACAAAGAAGAGAAAACUACCCAGGCGUGUUCGUGUCGGAGGGAAUCAUCGACCUCCAGCGAGGACUCUGUCGUCUCCGUGGACAAGCCGGUGGUGAAGGUGGAGGAGGAGGAGCUGUCGGAGCUGCAGCUGCGCCUCCUCGCGCUGCAGUCGGCCAGUAAGAAGUGGCAGCAGAAGGAGCAGCAGGUGAUGAAGAAGAGCAAAGACCGGAUCACUAAGGCGGUCCAGGAGAAGAGCUCCAGCUCCGGGGCCACUCCCCCCAGCAGGCAAAGAGUCACCACCAGGUCUGCCUCCGCCGCCGCAGCCGCCGCUGCCACCGCUGCUGCCGCUGCUGCAGACAGGAGCAGAACCAGGUCCAAACCUCUGGAGAGGGACCGAGACCGAACCAAGACCGGGCCCAGACCUCCAGACAGAGAGAGGCCCAAACCGAGUCCUAAACCUGGUCCCAAACCUCCGCUGGAGCGAGGCAGAACUCCGGGAAAACCUCACGUGGGCAAGAAGAUGAUCAGUCCAGGUGAGAAGGGCUCAGCAGCUAAGCAGGCGUUCAGGAAGCAGCAGCUGAGGACGUGGAAGCUGCAGCAGCAGAGGGAGCAGGAGGAGAAACGCCGACAGGAAGAGGAAGACCGACGCAAACGAGAGGAGGAAAUCCGCAGAAUCCGCGACCUGUCCAACCAGGACGAGCAGUACAACCGCUUCAUGAAGCUUGUGGGAGGGAAGACCAGGACGCGCGGCAAAUCCAGGGAUCAGGACCACAGGAAGUCUGCCGGUAAACAGGGCCUGGACGCCUCGGGGAACCUCUACCAGUAUGACAACUACGACGAGGUGGCGAUGGACACGGACAGCGAGACCGGGUCACCAGUGCCGUCUCCGACUCACGAGCAGCUGCCUGCAGACCAUCCCGGCUGUUUCCCUCAGGUGUCCCUCUACAUGACCGACUCUCACCAGUUUGGAAUGGACUUCUCUCAGCCGUUCCUCUCCCCCAUGCUGUCCGGCGCUCCUCCCCCGCCUCCGCCUCUCCCCCCUCCUCCAGACGAGCUGGAGCCUCCUCCCAAACCGCCCUUCGCUGAUGAGGAAGAGGAGGAGGAGAUGCUGCUCAGGGAGACCUGUCUGAUGUCUAUGGCCAACAAGAGGGUGACGGCGCCCGAGGAGAAGAGCUCCAGCGGUCCUCCGUCUCCCAGCAGUCAGCCUCCGUCAGGAGUCCAGCAGCCGACCAGAGGGAACCUGAGCACCGUCAGCCUGAACACAGUGUCUCAGUCCCGGAGCAACAAGUUCAGCAGAGGCCACCUUGCUCCCAGAGCUCCGCUGGUGCUGCCCAGACACAAGUCGGUGGUGGUUUCUCUCAAUGACUCCGACGACAGCGACUCUGACGUGGACGCCUGCAGCUCCACACAGGCGGCGUUCGGAGGCCUGGAGUUCAUGAUCAAAGAGGCCCGAAGGACCGUCGAGGCGGCGAAGCCUAAAGCAGCGUCAGGAUCUGAGAAGGAGAACAACCCCGUCAGAACUCCAGAGGCUUUACCUGAAGCCAAGAGAGCCGAGUACCGUCUCCUCAAAGAGGAAAUCGCCAGCAGGGAGAAGCAGAAGAAGUUGAAGGAUCUCUGCUUGAGCCCUCUGAGCCUCGCCUCAGCUGCUGCCUCCGACCCUGUGGUGGAUUCAUCCGUACAAUCAGCUGCAGAGCUGAAACUGUCAGAAGCAGAGUCCAGACUCAGCAAACACAGAGAGCUGCUGCAGAGAGACGAGGCCGUCCUGAGACAUCUGCUCCAACAGGAGCUGAAGAAGAGAGAGUCUCUGAAGGCCGCUGAGGGGAAGGUGGCGAAACUGAGAGAGCAGCUGCAGGCUUCAGAGAAGAUCGUCAGCGCUAACAAGACGCUCCUCAAGAAGCUGCAGGAACAGGUGCAUCGUGUUGAACACCGGGUGUCCAUAAAGAAGAGUAUGGCGGUCAGGUUGGAGCAGGAGCUCACUCAGGCUCAGCUGACGGUCGGCAGAGGGUCAAAACGGCGAGCAGACUCCAACCAGACGCUGGUGAGACCCACGGCGCUGCAGCCCAGUAAGCUGCAGCGUGUGGACGGAGUUCCCCGCGGAUCAGAGCGCCACUUUGCGGAGCUGAUCGCUCAGAAGCAGCGGCUGCAGCAGUUGGAGUCGGAGUACGCCCUCAAGAUCCAGAAGCUGAAAGAAGCCCAGGCCCUGCACAACAAAGCAGUCCCGUCAGACCUGCCCACAGAGCCUCCAUUACGAGCCUCCACCCCUCCUGACCCUCUGCCCCAGCUCCCGCCUCCCGCCUCCCCCUUCCCCCUGCCCCAGCCCUCCCUGCACGACCUCACCCAGGACAAACUCACCCUGGACAGUGAAGACGUCCCCGAGGCCGACGAGCGCGAAUCAGAAUCCACACCUCCAUCUGCGCCUACACCUGCUGCUGCUGCUGCUGCUGCUGCUAAAGGACCCCGCCGACGCUCCCUCCGUCAGUCCAGCAGCUCCUUCACCAAACCCAACCUGGAGCAGCUGAGCUCCACUCCGGCUAAAGACAGCAGCGCCGCCAAACCUGCCAAGACUGCGCCCGGCUCCAAGCUGCCGGCAGAGAUGUUUGCAGGGCUGGACGUGGACGCUCUGAAGCUGAGGUACCAGCAGCAGGCCCGGCUGGGGGAGCUGCUGCAGAGGGAGCUGCACACGGUGGGAGAACAUGUCGACAACCCCCCCGCUGCAAAGGUGGUCUCAGUGGAGGUGGACGCAGCCACGAGCCAAUCAGGGAGCGCAGAGCUGAAGCCGGUUCCCUUUGGAUCAUAUCACAGCCCUCUGCUGGUCUUCAGGUCAUACAGGUUCAGUCCGUACUACAGGACCAAGGAGAAGUUAUCCCUGAGCUCUGUGACGUACAGCAACACCAUCGAGCCCAGAAAGUGUUUCUGUCGGUUCGACCUCACAGGAACCUGCAACGACGACGACUGCAGAUGGCAGCACAUGAGGAACUGCACUCUGACCGGAAACCAGCUUUUCCAGGACAUCCUGUCGUACAACCUGCCCCUGAUCGGCUGUUCUGAGAGCAGCUCGGACGAGGACAUCAGCGCUGCUACAGAAAAGUACAUGAAGAAGCUGUUCGGCACAAACAAAGACCGGAUGGGAGUCGACCAGAAGGCCGUCCUGCUCGUCAGCAAAGUGAACGAGAGCAAACGACACGUCCCUCCCUUCACCACCUGCAAAGACACCAGAAGGUGGAGGCCGAAGCCGUCGGCACAGAGCAGCUGCAGCCCAGAGGACGACAGCGAGGACGAGACGGCGGCGGGAAACCUGGCGGCUGGGAGACACGACGACUGCUCCAGGACCAGCCUGUCUGCGCUGGACGUCUGCGUCACAUCGGAGGACAAGCGCUACUUCGUCAGCGAGACAGACGACAUAUCAAACCUGGAGACCAGCGUCCUGGAGAGCCCCCGAGACACUCAGCUGUGGAUCAAGUUAGCCUUCAAGUACCUCAACCAGAACGAGACGUCCGCAGCAGAGUGUUUGGAAGCCGCCUUGAACACGUUGUCCCGCGCUCUGGAAAGUAACUGCGAUAACCCGGAGGUGUGGAGCCACUACCUGUCCCUGUUCUCCAGACGAGGCAGCAGGGAGGAGGUGCAGGAGAUGUGUGAGAUGGCUGUGGAGCACGCGCCCGACUACAAAGUGUGGUGGAGCUAUCUGCAGUUGGAGAGCUCGUUCGAGGGGAAGGACUACGUGUGCGACCGCCUGCUGCAGUUUCUCCUCGCUGGAGCGUCUCCUGGUGUCUCAGACCAACUGUCCUUCCAGCUGAUGGAGGCUCUGCUCUAUAGAGUCGACCUCAACCUGUUCACAGGCAGGAUGGAGAGCGCUCUGGCCAUUUUACAGAACGCCUUGAAGUCGGCCCACGACAGGAGCACAGCCGAGCACCUGACGGCCAGCGACCGAGCGCUGCUCUGGCUCUCUUACAUCCACCUGACGGAGUUCGACCGGCUGCCGUCCGGCCUGUACGACCCGGCUGAGUCCGGCCCGUCCAGGCUGGUCAGCAGAGAGUCCUUCCUGCUGCCCUGGAGGACGCCGCAGGACGUCAGCACGCCGCUCGACAUCCUCAUCGCUCUCUUCCAAGAUGCCAUCCAUCAGUGCAGCGACGAGUCUCUGUCUCAGAGCGAGCGGACGCUGGCCUGUCUGCCUCUUCACACCAACCUCAUCUUCCUCAACAAGCUGCUGGGCAGGCUGGACGAGGGUGUCGCUCUGUGCGAGUCUCUGCUGGAGUCUUGUCCCGAGUCCUGCGCUCUGCGAGACGCCCUGGCCGACCUCCACAUCAGGAAAGGAAACAGCGAUCAGGCGGUCAGCAUGUGGCUUCACGCUCUGGCAGAGUGUCCCAACAACGCCGAGGUCUUCUACCACUCCUGCAAGUUCCUCAUGGCUCAGGAGAAGUCGAGUGCCAUCGCUCCUCUAUUCAGAGGCUUCAUCCUGUCUCACUGCGAGGACCAACAGAGUCAGAAGACCCCUGUGGACGUGCUGCGACACAUCCUUGGUUUCCCCACCGAGGAGAUCCUGAGAGGUCCGAUCAUCAAGGAGCUUCAGGAGCAGCUGACUCAGCAGAUGCCCUACCUCCAUCUCAUCCACUGUCGCUGGCAGUGGCUGCACGGCUCUGUGGAGGACACGGUGGACGCCUUCGAGAGAGCGCUGGGAUCAGCCAUGCCGCGGCAGGAGCUUCACAAGCUCUGGAUGGAUUACCUGGCGUUCAGCAGCAGUCAGCAGGCCCGCGGCCCGGCCAGCAGCCACUCCAAACAGUUCUCAGAUCUGGUCCUGCGCUGUCUGAGCACCGUACCGUCUCGCCUGGAGGUUCCCUUCAACCCGUCGGAGUUCUGGAGCUGCUACAGCUUCCACAACAAGGUGGUGACGCUGUACCUGAGCUGCCUGCCGCAGUCCCAGCAUGCACUGGUCCUGGAGAGACUGAGAUACGCCAUGCCCAACAACACAGAGCUGGGCCUGAGGUUGCUGCAUCAGGAGUGGCAGGACGGAAACAUUGAACAUCUGAAGUUCCAGGCCCGCAUGCUGAGCAGUAACUCUCCUAAGUGUUUGGCCAACUGGAAAAUAGCGAUAGCUGUGGAGAGAGAGCUGAAGGAGCGAUCUGAGGUGCGACUUCUCUAUCAGCAGGCUCUGCAGAGCCUCCCCCUGUGUGCUGCCCUGUGGAAAGAUCGGCUGCAGUUUGAAGCGGCUGAAGGCGGUCAGGCGGACAGACUGCGGCGGCUGCUGGACAAGUGUCAGCAGGUGGGCGUGUCGGUGAGCGGCUCAGUUUAGCGCCCUGAGGUCAGAGAGAAGAUUGGCGACGCCGUCGUUCAGCUGCAACAAUAAACUCAGAUUAUUUCAGAUCAGUAAAAUCAAUCAGCUGUAGGUGGUUGAGUGACAGAUGAGACGAGGUAAGCCAGACGCCCCCCUCCCCCCCACAUCCUCCAGGACACUCCCUCGAGUGUCCAAAGGUGUCUGGAGCUGCUUAAAUCCCAUCAUGUACGUAAGUAUCGACCUGCUGAGUGACACAGUGUUCAUGCUGUUUUUACUUCAUGUCUUUGGUUUCUGUCACUUUUCAUUUGGAUUCAUUUGAUCCCUUUUUAUUUUGGAUUUAGUGGGGGGAGGGAGGUGGGGGUGGGGGGCUGGGGGCUGGGACGGACCGUGACAUCUCACUGUGGUGUUUGACCCCCGUGUGUGCUUUAAAGGGUGUGUCCCCCCCCCUCCCCCCUCCUGUAGUGAUGAUGCAGCAUCUGCACGUUGUCUUUUUGUCUCCUGAGGAAAAACAAGACUUUUAUUUUGUUAAAGUGAUCAAACCAAAACAAACGCAGACAAACUGUCACGAGCUCGGCGUGGAGCUCAUUUCUAUUUGGCUUCGCCCGGUCUGAGUGUGAGAGAGGGACUGCCACAGAGACUGACCCGCCUCCAGACCAGCAGCGCUGUUAGAGACAGUCAGGACCUCGCUAACAAGCUCUCAUGUGCAAUUUGUCUCGUUUUUCUUUUUGUCACAAUUCUGCCAUAUAAUGAUUAAAGAGUAUUAUUAGCCAGCAGAGGAGAAGAAGUCAUCCACUGUUGUGUUUUAUAUGUUGGAUUUAAAUGUUAUUAAAUUAUUUUCUAAAUAUAAAAAA